CGUCAAUGUGUCAAAGUAUAACCUAUUCCACGCGUGUUGUGUUGUUGUCGCCGAUACCAUACCGCAUUAGAAGGUGAAACUCGUUUGUUUAAACAACAAUAUCAUGUCGAAUGAGGCUGAAAUAGAAGAUCAGAUGGAGGGUAAUUCCUCUGAAAGCGAAGACGAAGAAAUGGAGGAAGGAGAAGAAGACAAUGAUGACCGUCCGAAGACCUAUCUUCCAGAUCAGCCUCUGAAAGAAGACGAGCAGCUCGUUUGCGACCAGUCUGCCUAUGUCAUGCUCCAUCAAGCCCAGACUGGUGCUCCUUGCCUCAGUUUCGAUAUAGUUCCCGACAACCUGGGCAACGAUCGCAGUGAAUUUCCGAUGACAGCUUAUUUAGUUGCCGGUACUCAGGCGUCCAGCGCUCAUCUAAACAAUGUUCUAGUAAUUAAAAUGUCAAAUCUGCAUCAAACAUCAAAAGCUGAUGAUGAAGAAGAGUCCGAUGAAGGCGAGGAUGAUGAGGAGGAGGAGGAAGAUGAAGAAAAGAAACCUCAGAUGACAUUUUCCUUCAUCAAACACCAGGGCUGCGUCAAUAGAAUAAGGGCAACAACCUUUAGAAACUCAGUUCUAGCAGCAAGUUGGUCUGAAUUAGGUAGAGUAGAUAUUUGGAAUAUUACUCAACAGUUACAAGCUGUUGAUGACCCAACAUUGCUAGAACGUUACAAUCUUGAUGUUGUGAAUAACCCUGUCAGACCUCUUUAUUCAUUCAAUGGACAUCAACAAGAAGGUUUUGGAAUUGAUUGGUGCCCAACAGAACUUGGAGUUUUAGCUACAGGAGAUUGCAGAAGGGACAUUCAUAUUUGGACUCCAAAUGAAGCUGGCACUUGGGAUGUUGAUCAACGUCCUCUUGUGGGACAUACUAGUUCAGUGGAAGAUAUACAAUGGUCACCAAAUGAAAGGAAGGUAUUAGCCUCAUGUUCUGUAGAUAAAUCUAUAAGAAUAUGGGACACUAGAGCAGCUCCUCAAAAAGCAUGCAUGUUAGCAGUUGAAGAAGCUCAUCAAAGUGAUGUUAAUGUCAUAUCAUGGAAUAGUAAAGAGCCUUUUAUUGCCAGUGGUGGUGAUGAUGGAUUCCUUCAUAUUUGGGAUUUAAGACAACUAGCUAACAAAACUCCAGUUGGCACGUUUAAACACCACACGGCGCCUAUUACGUCUAUAGAGUGGCAUUGGACUGAACCAAGUGUGUUGGCAUCUUCUGGUGAAGACCAUCAAGUUGCACUUUGGGACUUGGCUGUUGAAAGAGAUGAUGACGAUGUUGUCGAUGAUGAACUGAAGAAUCUACCACCCCAGCUACUUUUUAUCCAUCAAGGUCAAAGUGAUAUAAAGGAAUUGCACUGGCACAAACAACUUCCUGGAGUUAUGGUAACAACUGCACACACAGGAUUCAAUAUAUUCAAAUCUAUUAGUGUAUGAAAUAAAAAUAAUAAUGUAUAAA